UGGUUAGAUGAUGUGAAACGCCGCUCCAAACAGUUUGCAAACAAUAUCAAUGUAUAGUUUAAAAUAUCUACGUUGGAUAAUUGAAACAAAAUGAACAAAAUUGCGGAGUACAAGAGGGAUCCUCGUGGUGACUUUAGUUCAAGAUCUGAAACAGGACAAUCGCAGAACGAGACCCGGUUACAACAGGAUUGUUAUUGCUAUUGCCGAAAAUGUACUAUCGAAUGCCCGACUCGGAUAAAAGUAUUCGCCUCAGAAGAAUUAUUCUCUCGGUCGAAUAUGGAGUGGAAAAACUGUGCCGUUUGUGUCGAGAUAAUCCAAAUAAACAUUGAUAAAAAGCAUAGCAGUAUAAAUGCGAAUGAAGAUCAGAUUACUUCGGGUUAUUGCUGUGGCUGUCGAAGUAAUAGUACAAACCCUGAAACUGAGAAUUGCCUAUCUCCAACUAAAGUCAUGACCUGCACCAAUCGACAACUGGCUAACGAUUGCUGUGUUCAAUCGAAGUCUGCGCCUAAUGACUUGUCAAAGUUCAUGAUAACUGCUCAAGAAGAAUCUAACUUCCCUGUGGUAUCCAUGCCGACGAUGGCUUAUCAGGAUUUAGUUGUGCAGACUAAUGACGGCAACCGUUCAAGUGAUAUGCAGAGACCGCCUUGUCGGUUCAAAUCAUAUGAACACUCAAGUCCAUUGCCUCUUACGACAUGUAAUAAUCUUCAAUUCAAUGGGGUUUGGUCGAAGCCAAUCCAUAAAAUAGCGGUAUGGUCCGAUUUGUAUGAACAAUUUAAAACACGUACUUUGGCGCGCUUUCGGCAUAUGAGUGAAAAUUCAACUUCACAUUUGCGCUUUUGGACUAUGAAACGUUCAAGAGAAAUCACUGCCUUAUAUUAUCUAAUUUUAUUGCUUCUUAUCUUCACCUCGGUAACAAAUGCAAGCUUUGCCGGACGGAGAUACUCGACUCUCCGCAAUUUGGGACUGAGGUUUCCGAGACAAAGUGGUUUUCGACAUAACAUUCAGAAACCACGCAACCAGCGAUGUGAAGCAAUUACAGUACCAAUAUGCAGAGACAUUGGAUAUAAUCAAACGGAUAUGUCACUUUCUAUAACGAAUAAGUUCACUCAACACGAGGCAGAGCAAGAGCUCGCACCUUACACUCCAUUAAUAAAUUGGAAUUGUUCUGCAGAGUUGAAAUUGUUUCUUUGUUCGAUCUACACACCGAUAUGCAUGGAACACUACGGACAUUUUCUCCCGCCUUGCAGAUUUAUUUGUGAACGAGCAAAAAAGGGCUGCUUGCCUAUAAUACAUCACUAUAGUAGUUACAAGUGGCCAGAAAAACUACGUUGUGAACAGUUUCCUACUUAUGCAGGAAAACAUCCAAUGUGCAUGCAUUUUAAUCUGACGCGAACAAAAGAAGAAGAAGCGAAAAUUUUUAACUCUGAAAAAUUAACGGAAGAAGAUGUCAAUAGUCCCAAGUCGACGUCUGAAACCAAAACGCGAUUGACUACCCGACGACCACCAAAAUCUACAAAAGCGGCUAAAACACGUGGUACCACACCAUAACCAAAACUACGACAAAGCCAAGAAAGAUGAAACUUACAACAACGACUGCAACAGUGAAAACAAAUGCUCAUGUUCAUCACAGAAAGUUUUCGAAACCAACUAUAGAAACUUCCGACAUUUCUCCUGUCUUCAGUUCCGAACUCUUCUAUGUGCACGUGCCAAAAGCCAAUGGUAUAUAUUAGAAAUCCUCAAGACCCGAUGUACAACAGGGUUGCUACUGGUGGCGUUCCUAACUGCGCUGUGUCUUGUAAAUCGCCAUAUUUUACGAAAGACCAAAUUAUGUUCUCAGAAAUGUGGAUAAAAUGCUGGUCAAUCGUUUGUUUCGUAGUGACUCUGAUGACCGUUAGCACAUUUCUUAUAGAUAUGAGAAGAUUCAAAUAUCCUGAAAGACCUAUUAUAUUUCUGUCGACGUGCUACAUGUUUGUUAGCAUUGGGUUUCUUAUCCGAAUUGUAGCUGGCCACGAGGCCGUAGCGUGCGCACACAGGACAGACCAUGUUUUAUAUCACACCACUGGCCCAGUGUUAUGUACCACUGUAUUCUUACUGGUUUAUUUCUUCAGCAUGGCGAGUGCUCUAUGGUGGGUGAUUCUGGCAAUGACCUGGUUUCUUGCUGCAGGUUUAAAAUGGGGAAGCGAAGCUAUAGAAAAGUAUUCUCAAUAUUAUCACGCUGCUGCCUGGCUCAUACCUAGCUUGAAAAGUAUAAUGGUUUUGGCAAUGUCUUCCGUUGACGGCGAUUCUCUGUCUGGCAUUUGCUUUGUGGGGAAUCAAGAUGUUCGAGCUCUUCGCGGGUUUGUUUUGGCGCCUCUGGUAGUUUACCUAUUAUUGGGUGGAAUGUUCCUACUUGCUGGAUUCAUCAGUUUGUUUCGUAUCCGAAAUAGAAUUAAAAAGGGUGGAACAAAAACUGAUAAUCUUGAAAAACUCAUGGGACGAAUUGGAAUUUUCAGCGUGCUGUAUAUGGUACCAGCCGCAGCGCUUGUUGCGUGUUAUUUCUACGAACAGAAGUAUCGACCUAUGUGGGAGUAUUCGCAUAAUUGUAGAUCGAUGUUCAAAACUCCAGAAGAUGCUAACGUCCCUCAACUGUCAUUUGUUGCAGCUCACAACAAAUAUUCUUUCGAAGGACCAAUUUUUCCUGAAUUCAUUGUUUUUAUGGUACGAUACCUAAUGACAUUGUUGAUUGGUAUUACGAACGGAGUGUGGAUAUGCAGUCCAAAGACACUGACCUCAUGGAAAGGUUUCUAUAGACGUUGUGUGUGUUGCUUAAACGGAGCACCUUGUCCCCCACCUUGCGGUAAAGAUAUUUUCACUGCGAAGACUUCCGUUGUGGCGAUUCGAGAAAUCAAAAAAGGCACAUAACAGCCCAAAAAGAUCAUAAAAUACCUGUAAAGCAACAGAGAGCAAUCCUAGAAUUGAUGGCGAUAAUCGCAGCGAUUCAUUUCGAUUACAAAAGCACGAUUUGAGUAAAAUUGAAUAUGACCAAAAUGAGUUUCAAAUUAAUUCUGAAUGUAGAAAAUCUUCUAGUAGUAGGCAAGUACCAUCAUCAAAAUGUGAAGUUUGCGACAGGAGCAGCAGGUCGUCAAGUAACAACAGUCGCACUUCGAGGAAAAAAAGAAAACGACGUUCAAGAAGUCGGACUCCAAUCGAAAACUACUGUGAUAGAAAAGAAACUUCCCGAGUUAGGCCAACAGGCAUGGAAAAAGAUGAAUCACACGUUGCGAUGAUCUGUAACAACACAACCUCCACUGAUGGAAGUGAUCGGCACUUCUUCGAUGACCCUAAUUUGAUGAAUACUCACAAGUUCAGAGAACAAGAUGCUGUUGUGCGUGUAAUCCUCACUUAACAACUGAGAGCAACAACACCUACUCGGCAAAGUUCUCAUUCUAGUGGCCGAAGCAAAACAACGAAAAUACAGGAUUGCCGAGUUUGUAACAAGACACUUGGUCCAAGUUCUGAAAAGCUAAUAAGCAACGGUCAAAGUUACGUGAUAAAUGACGAUAACUUACCACCGUGUAUAUUGCAGUCUUGCGGUUCGGUAACGUCAUAUAAUUUUUGCAGUCAAAAAUCUGCACCAUCUUCACAUGCUACUGAAUUUGACGAAGACGAAGUCCAAGAGACCUUGCUAAACCAUAAUUUAGUUAAUGAAACAAGUAACGACACCACUUCUCCAUAUUACCAUUAUCAUCAUCACCAUUAUAACAGUAAACAUGAAAGUUGAUUUUUAUAAAUAAUAUUUUGAAACUUCUACUUUUAUUGUAUGAACUGGCGUUUGUUCAUAUAUCAACUAAGUAGAACGAUUUGACUGAUGAUCAGUCCCUGUUAUUUAUACCUAUCGAAACUAGUUGUCCCUAAGUCUUAUAAUAAAGGCAAACGUAUGAUAUACUAAACAUCUUAUAAAAAUGCGAUAGAAACAUAUUAUAUAUAUAUGAAGAAUGUUAGAACGGCUUUUAUAAGAGACGUUGAAAAUAACUGUAAACCAAAAACCAUCGAUAUUAUCAGCAAGUAUCUCCUCGCAUUGGAUACUGUAACUUUUAUAUGUAGUUUAAAAAAAUGAUAGUCGAACCAUUCAAAAGUAAAAUACUCAAGGGCAAUCACCGUAGUCGAGGCGACGCUACUGUAUUAGAUACAUCGAUUUCUAUCUUAAUUCCCAUCUUACCCAAUGUUGUUCAAUUAUCUCUGUUUUAUGCUAACCUAUUUUUUUUACUUGCCACGUUUUAAUUUAACUGCCUCUUACUUUUCCUAGGUUACAAAUACCUUAGGCAACUUGCACUUAUUCUGCAUAGAAGGUACAUAAUUGAAAAUUGAUUUGUUUAGUCACAGAAGAAAUAGCAGCCCCAGUGCACAGUUCUAACCUAAGCUUUGCUUAAUAUUUUAGAUGAUAUAGGCGAACAGUCGUUUUCCAAAUCAUUAAGUUGAAUCCACCUAAAUUUUAUCCAAUGGAUUUCAUCAUUAGAACUCUCAUAUUUCCGUUUUAGUGAGCAUGUUUUCAAGUUUUCUCUGAUCCAAGCUCUGCCCUCUGGUCUAGGAAAGUACGCCUUCUUACAAUUGUAUUGUGGAUGUUUUGAAAAUGUUUUAAUUUAGGUUUUAUGAAAACGCAAUUUGAAAAUUGUUUCAAUCCCCAGUUGGAAUAUUUCUUAUAGUUAAUGUUUCAGUAUAUGUUCAUUACUUACUUUGUGAUUUCUAUUAAAACAUAUAAACUGAAGAAUUGCUGGGAGCUUUAAGUUAAUGAAUCUAUAUAUUUUAUCACGAAACACACUGUAAUCUAUUAUACAUAUUGUUUGUUUAUUUCUUCUUUUAUCUAUUUUGUUUUUCCUAUCUAUUUUAUGAUUGAAAUAUUGGUUGUACAGACAUCUUUAAGUUUAUUGUUCUUGUUGAGCAUUUUCCUAACAAUUACAUCAAAAGGUGUGUGCAUGAUUACUGGGCAAUUUCCUGUCAAUAAAUGUGAAUCACAAAUGA